AAUGGGGUAUAUCGGCUCAUUUAUUUUAAUUGAUGCUUAGUGUUCUUAGGUCCCUAGUUCUUACUUAGCGGAGCAUGCCUCCGACCAACCCUAUCGUGUUUUAUCCACGCUCCUUGUUGUAGCCCUUUUGCUAGGGGUCUCUUUUUUUCGAACCUCACCUGGGCAUACUAUGCUAUGAUUUUGUACUUAGUGAUUCUAUGAUAUCUUUCGCUCUAAUAGUUUUGUUUGGGUUUAUUUUUUCUUGAUUUUCUGAGGUGGUUGUAUCCUUGUCCCCCAACCUUCGGUCGUACAUACACACACUUUUCCUUUUCUUGCUAAAUCCCCUGCUUAGGCUUUGUUUUGUUGGUCUGUUAGUUGUUCUUCGUACUGCAUAGGAUCUAAGUCGCGCCUCGCGCACAUGCAACAUGGGGCAAAAUGACGCCGGUCUAGCUGAAGCCUCUGAGAACCCACACAAUGAGGUCUCUGCCGGUCUCUCGGGCCCGGCUAAUCAAGAUGCCCCCAUAGAUGUGCUGCAUGAGGGUAUCGCGACUACGGAUAUUCCUAGAGUAGAUACUUCUGUUUCAGUCUCGACAGAAGAGAACCCCCCAUCACCAGGUAUCAUGAGGGAGUCCUCAACUAUGAAUCUUCUGGGAGCCUCUGCUCCGCAUGGUCGAACAGACUCGAUAGUGUCAGGAUCCUCAACAGCAGCCUCGUUGACGGAGCAUGAUGCUUCACGGCCUAUCAGUCAACAUAAUCUGAUAAAUUUGAAGCCAUCGCUAUCUUCGCUCGCUAAACCGCCAGAGUCACAAGAGGGGGGGACCAUACUCUCUACUAUCCCAUCAGCCUCUCCCGGGAAUAGUAUCGGACCUGCAUCACCGGUCGCCGCUCCUCUACCACCACCUACUGCUGCUGCUACUUCUGCUGGCUCUGGUACUCCUCCAGCAACCCCUAAGGCCCCAGGCACCACGCCUCCUAAGCAACCGUCAAAAUUGAAGAAAACCUCGUCAAACUUCUUCAGGAUAUUUACUUAUUCAACAUGGAGCGACAGAAUAUUUCUCUUUAUCUCCACUGUUGCCGCAUGUGGUGCCGGUGUUGCUUUCCCCAUAAUGACAAUCGUGUUCGGCCAACUUGUUGGAGCUAUCGCAAGUGCUAGGUCUGACUUAAGUGCUGAGGGCGCAAAGGCACACUAUACGUCGCUCAUAGACGAAUACUCACUUUACAUGGUGUACCUCUUCGUAGCUAGAUUUGUGUUGGGAUACGUUGCUACUCUUGGAUUUCGCUCUAUGAGUUUACGUAUCUCUUCAGCGAUGCGCUUAGCUUACUUCAAAGCUUUACUCGGCCUACCGGUGUCGCUCUUGGACACCCAGCCCCCUGGUCAAGUGGCUGCCAUCAUAACAACCACGGCAAACACUUUACAGAAUGGAAUAUCAGAAAAGCUAGUUGCGAUCAUCCAGAAUAUUUCCUUGUUUGUCUCGUCUAUUAUCAUAGCUUACACCCGGAGUUGGAAAUUGAGCUUGGUAACGAGCAGUGGCUUGCUUCUAAUCACAAUUACGUAUUGUGUGACUAUUCCUUUUGUCGUAAAGUGCAUGAAGCAAGUUGAAGACGCCAAUAUCAAGGGAUCUGCAGUCGCAAGCGAAGCAUUCGGCUCCAUCCGGAUGGUGGCUGCUUAUGGAGCUGAAGUCAAGAUGGUCAAGAAGUACAAGGAGUGGGUGGACGAGGCGCAGCGCAGAGGUCUUCGAUUGUCCAAGAUCGUUGCUUUUCAGCAAGGCAUCAUCUACUUCAGUGUUUAUGGUACUUUUGCUCUCACUUUCUGGUUUGCGGUGAAGUUACUGCUCAAUUUUGAGAUUGACAAUGUCGGGACAUUGAUCACCGUUUUGAUGUGCAUAAUGAUGAUAGUGAUGGGGAUUGGCGGAAUUGCAGCGCCAAUCUCUGCCGCAGCCCGUGCGGCGGGCGCAGCGAGCAUUCUUUUCAAUGGUAUCGAUGCGCCAAGUCAAGCCACUGCAGGACUCAAGCACCCUGACGUGUCAGCAACGGGCGAUAUCGUACUAUGGGGCGUCAAUUUCACAUAUCCAACGAGACCAAAGCUGAAGGUUCUUGAUGGGCUGAAUUUGAUCCUUCCAGCGGGGAAGACGACAGCCAUCGUAGGUCCUUCGGGAUCCGGAAAAAGUACGAUUGUUGCGCUCAUAGAAAGAUGGUACGAGUUAGACGGUGAUUCAGAAGAAAAGAGAUUAGUCAAGCUUUUUCGCAAUGGCUCGGUAAAAAUAGGGGGUACGAAAUUGACCGAUAUAGAUCUUAAAUGGUGGAGAUCUCAAAUCGGUCUCGUACAACAAGAGCCAUUUCUUUUCAACUCGACCAUUUUUCAGAACGUCGCAAAUGGUUUGAUAGGCACAGAAUGGGAAGAUGCCGACAUUACCAAGAAGCGAGAAUUAGUGGAGCACGCCUGCAAGGAAGCUUUCGCUGAUGAGUUCAUCUCUCGUCUUCCCGAAGGAUACGAGACGCACGUGGGAGAUGCCGGUAUCAAAUUGAGUGGUGGUCAACGCCAGAGAUUAGCGAUCGCACGAGCCAUAGUCAAGCAACCUAAGAUCCUAAUCCUGGAUGAAGCAACUAGUUCGAUCGACGUUCGCGGAGAAAAAGUUGUCCAAGCUGCGCUUGACAAAGUAUCACAGAACCGAACUACGAUUAUGAUCGCUCAUCGACUUUCAACAGUCAAGAAAGCGGAUAAUAUCGUGGUACUCGCUAAGGGCAAGGUUGUCGAAUGGGGAACUCAUGAGUCUCUCAUGGCCAAGGUUGGUGGAGCUUACUGGCUUCUUACCAACUCGCAAAAAAUAUCGAUGGGAGACACCGAUUCCAUAGAUACCUCAUCCGAAGUCACAGAGGGGGAAAAGAGAACUAUGGAUAUCAUGACCCUUGAUGAAACCAAGGAAGAAGCUCGGGAUAGCGAAAGCACCAUAGUCGACGAACCGGAGCACAAGCAGAAGGGUGUACUUGGAAGCUUUGGUGCACUACUCGUAGAACAGAAGCCAUUUUGGCCGUGGUAUACGGUGAUGUUUUCCGGUGCCAUAGUUGCUGGUGCGAGUCCACCUGUGCAGGCAUUCAUAUUUGCAGCGCUCAUUUCGUCAUUCGCAUAUUGGGGAGACGUUUUGGUCGCGUUGACUAAUUUCUGGUGUCUCAUGUUCGUUGCCUUAGCGUCUGCAGCUGGAGUCGGCUACUUCGCACUCGGAUUUUCCUCAACCGUCGUAUCUUUCUACAUCACUUCUACUUACCGCCGGGAGUAUUUCCAAAAUAUUAUCUCGAAAAGGGUAUCCUGGUUCGACGGCGAAGGCCGGUCCAUAGGUGCUCUGACGGGAAUCGUGGCUAGCGAUCCUACCCAGCUGCAGCAAUUACUUGGGAACAACAUGACAUUCGCUGCAAUCUCAAUUUUCAGCGUUGUUGGAUGCUUGAUCCUAUCCUUCUACUUUGGAUGGAAGCUCACUAUCGUCGCAUUAUCAUCAGCCACACCCUUGGCUGUCGCCGCCGGCUUCUUCCGCAUCCGAGUUGAGAAGAAGUUCGAAGCCAUGAACUUGAAGGUUUUCGCUGAAAGUGCGAAGUUCGCUACCGAAUCAAUCGGAGCUAUCCGGACAGUGACUGCAUUGACACUUGAGGAAGGCAUAUGUGAAAGAUACGAAGAGCUGCUGCAGACGCAUGUGAAGAAGGCUUUCAAACGAGCUCGACUAGCUACUUUGGUAUUUUCAGCAAGUGAUAGUCUUCCAUUCUUGUGCAUGGCUUUUGUUUUAUGGUAUGGAGGCACUCUCCUUGUGAAGGGGGAGUAUCAGACGUUUAAUUAUUUGGUUGUAUAUAUUGCCGUGGUGCAGGGUGCCACGGGAGCAGGACAAUGGCUCAGUUUUGGACCUAAUAUUGCGCAAGCGACCAUAGCCGCCAACAGAAUUCAGGCUAUGAGGCAGAAAGAUGAGGACGACGGAGGCAUCACUCUAGAUGAACCAGUCGAUGAUGAAAAGCGAGGUGUUAAGAUUGAGCUACGGGAUGUUUGGUUUAGAUACCCAACACGAGAUGCACCUGUGCUUAACGGGUUGACCAUGACUAUUGAAAAAGGUCAAUUCGCUGCCAUCGUCGGGCCGUCUGGCUGUGGAAAAACUAGUGUCAUCUCCUUGUUGGAAAGAUUCUACAGUGUCAAAUCUGGAAGCAUCACGUACAACGAUAUUGAUAUUGAUACCAUCGAUCUAAGGGACUACCGGAAAACGAUUUCGCUGGUAGCCCAAGAACCAUCCCUGUUCAACGGCACUAUCCGAGAAAACAUUCUCCUCGGGGUGGAUCCUGACACUAUCUCCGACGAGGAACUAGAACAAGUGUGUCGCGAUGCAGAGAUUCACGACUUUGUCACCUCGCUCCCGGAAGGCUACAAUACGAAAGUGGGUAUCAGAGGUGUGUUGCUAUCCGGCGGGCAGAAACAGCGAAUAUCGAUCGCUCGAGCCCUCGUUAGGAAUCCACGGCUUCUUCUCCUUGACGAAGCUACAUCCAAUCUCGACUCGGCAACGGAGAAGCUAGUGCAAGGUGUUUUCGAGAGGACGAAGAAAAGCAGGACCAUGAUAGUGGUUGCCCACCGGCUUGCCACCAUUCAGAACGCCGAUAUUAUCUUCGUCGUUGGCGAUGGACAGGUUCUAGAAACAGGCACCCACAAUUCCCUCCUUCAGAAGCGAGGCCUAUAUCACAACAUGUGUCAGGCACAGGCCUUGGAUCGAUAGAUUAGUUCAUAUUAUUUAUUAAGCUUAGACAGGUCUUGGUAAUGAGAACGUCAUGAACCGUAGCAAUGUCGGUAAUGCAGAAAUCAGAACAUGCAAAUUAAUUAGAGCGAUUGAGAGAUAGACAAUAAGGAAUUACAUACCACGUUGUGCAAUUUA